AUGAAAAGAGAACGAUCUCCAUCCCCUAAUGAUAAUCAAGAAGCUCGAAAGAGGAUCAACAUUGGUGAAAAAAAAUCCGUGGGCACACAAACUGACAAAACUUCUGAAGUCUACCAUGUCUUAUAUGAAACGAAAAGAAGGCAGGCGACAGACUAUAAAGUUCGAUGCGAACGAACCCCCAUAAAUAAAGACAACAGGUUAAAAAGAAUAGCCGAUUCCUUGGAGGCAUUUUUGUGUUACGCAGAAGCCUUUUAUAAUCAAAAUGAGGCACAUAAAGCCGGGUAUCAAUAUGCAGCAUUUUUGAACCCGGAAGUUUAUUUUGAAAGUGUAUAUGAAAGUUUAAAGGCUCAACCGCCUAAAUUAAUUGGAAUGUUCAAAUACGUUCACGCAACAACAAACAAGAUAUAUUAUGAUCGGAAACGAGAACGAUGUAUCCAGCUUCUUGGUGAACAUCAUGUGACUUUUUUCAAGAAGCUGGAAGAUGAUCCAUUUGGGGGUACAGAAAUUCAAGUGGAAUACGAUCGGUCUGUUUCAUCUGUUACUAAAGAUAUUAAAUUCUGUAAUAAGAAGAUCUAUGAAACAAUCUUAUUAUUCGAAGCAGCCAAAGAAUAUACCGGGGAUGAAGAUCUUGACAUAGAUGAUAGUUUAAAAGCUAGAGUCUAUGCUCAAGAUCAACUAAAUUCGUGGAGGGUAAAAAAAAAUGUUAAACCCGUUGCCUUUUAA